GAGCGAGACUGUGAGAAAAGGAGAGGAGCCGAGUUGGGGGAAUACUGUGUGGAAAGAAACACCAGGCACAUCCCGCACGUUUGGAUAGGUCACAGAACAUCUGAAACACAUCAACAAGUUGGAAAAUGUGACACUAGGCAGACUACAACAAAGAAACCCAGAAAAGCAGAAAAUAAAAGAGGACAACAGUUGUACACAGCACUACAGUAACUCAGAGCUGACAUUAACUGUCCUCUAAAUCUUCAGUUUGUGAAGCCGAAUCUUCGUCCAUCAUGGCGGUGGUGUUGCGUUCCUCUCCGCUCCUGUGGGCCCGUUUGGCUGCCAUGGUUUUCGCCUGCGUAGCGUUCAGCGUCGCUUUGCACGGAGGGCAAGUGGGCCACGGCACGGGUGACUGGUGCAUCUUCUGUUGGAGUUUCAGUUUCGCUGUAACUCUUUUGAUAGUCUUAGUCGAAUUGUUUGGCCUGCAGACCCGCGCACCUGUUUCCUGGAAGAACUUCCCGAUCACGUUCGCCUGCUACGCCUCCCUCCUCUGCCUGUCCGCCUCAAUCAUAUUCCCCCUUUACUUCCUUAAAGGCUACGGGGGCCGCAGCGAGACCAAGAACUAUCGUAUCGUGUCUACUGUCUUCUCCUGCCUGGCCACCAUCGCAUACCUGACCGAAGUGAGUCUCAGCAAGGCCCGUCCCGGGGAGGUGGCCGGCUACAUGGCCACGGCGCCAGGACUUCUAAAGGUGUGCGAGACCUUUGUCGCAUGCAUCAUAUUUGUCUUUAUCAGUGAUCCUGUGUCGUACAACCAGAACGGGGCAACCAACUGGUGCCUGGCCGUCUACUGCAUCUGCUUCAUAUUGUCGGCAGGCAUCAUCGUGUUGUGCGUAGGGGAGUUCACUGGCUUGCUGCCCUUUUCCUUCGCCCGCUUCCUGUCCUCGUACGCCCUCCUGGCUGUGGGCAUGUAUCUGUCUGCCACCAUCAUCUGGCCCAUAUAUAAGUUCGAUAAUAAGCAUGGAGGUCAAAGCACCAGACCCAAUAACUGUGGAAGUUCAAAUGUCCUGUGCAAUUGGGAUAAGCUACUUGCCAUCUCAGUGCUCAGCGCUCUCAACUUCCUUCUAUAUCUGGCUGAUCUCAUUUACUCAGCCAGGCUGGUGUUUGUCAGUGCUUAAGGUGUUUAGCAAGAAUAAGGAUGAAGUAAAACGAGAAGGCGGCGAGAAAAAUGUAUGACAGGAGGAAGGAAGUGGGGGGUUGAAAUGUUGAAAUGCUAGGUCUUGAACUGUAUCAGUGUUAUUUGUUUUAUAGCUAUUUGGGUCGUGCCUGUUUAGCAAUCAUGUGUACAGGAAGGAAACAUAUGCUUAGUAUUUUACAAAGCCUAACUAUUUUAUUUUUAUUGGGUACAAAGAUAUGUUUUUUUACAUUUACAAGUCAAACGUUUAGACACAAUUAACUGUAAUAAAAUAACCUUAAAGUGUAGGAAAUUAUGUACUGACACAAAUAUGUUUAAUAAAUCAAUGUAGUCAACCUUUAUCAGCUUACCAUAUCCUGGGCAUUUCCUCGAUCAAUGUUGAAGAGAUAGUUCACCCAAAAAUGAAAAUUCUGUCAUCAUCCAGACACGUCUACAUUUCUUUAUUUUGUUGAACACAAAUUAAGCUAUUUUGAGCAAUGUUUGGAACCAGUAGUUUUUUUCCCUACUAUGGAUGCGGUGGGGCCGGUGACUUCUUUUUCGAGGGCGCAUGAUUCGAAGCUCGUCAAAUCAUGUAUUUUGCCCAUCAUGUGUGUGGCUCAUCAUGUCAAAAUAUGCGUUUGCCACGUCAUGUGAACCUAUGUGCAUCACGCGUCAUGUCAAAAUAAGUGUCUGCUGCAGACGCUUCGAAGGGGUUUAUGAUUAAAGAGACGCUUGUGUUUGCCAGAUACUCCCUUAAAGUUAGUCUCUUGCGAGUAUUUCCGGAACGUGAGCGUCUCUUUUAUCAUAAACCCUUUCGACGCGUGUGCAGCAGGGACGUAUUUUGAUUUUACGCAUGAUGCACAUAGGUUCAAAUGACACACCGAACACAUAUUUGGACAUGACGAGCCACACACUUGACACACCGAACACAUAUUUGGAUAUGACGAGACACACGAUAUUUCAAUUUUUUAUUUUGAAUUCCUGCCCCUUGGAAGAGAAGCCACCGGCCGGCACUGUAUGGAAGUCAAUGGUGCCCCUGCUUUCUGCUUUUGAUUACAAAUAUUUUAAUUUGUGUUCAAAAGAACAAAGAAAUGUAUAUGGGUCUGUAACAACUUUAGGGUGAGUAAAUGAUGACUCAUUUUUGGGUGAACUAUACCUUUAAGAGUCGCAUCCUGGGUAUUGAAGGAUUUUCUAUAUGCUGGACUCUUCUUGGCUACUUUUACAAUCAGAUCCAACUCUUGGGUCCAACUUUUAUCUAAUUUUAACUAUUACUGUAGAUCAAAGCAUUUUCAGAUAAUGAGAAACAUUAACUCAUUCAGCUUUGUCCAAACCUUUGACUGAAUUUAUUCACUUUUGCUCAUUUAUAGUAUUUUUUAAAGAGAUUUUUGUAAAUUUUGCACGGCUUUGCAUGAAGAAUACAUUUAUUUUUCUUUGGGAUAUUGUACAAAUGUUAAAUUCCCAAAGGAAGACUUUCAAUACUGUUGAACUAUUUGCUUGCUCUUGAUAUAUGUGAUAUAACACUUGAUAUAUUUUAGUAUAUACUGUAACACUGCCAUAUCCUGUUAUAUAUACUGGAUUUAAAAAAUCAGUCAUUAAUCAUUCUCUAAAAUCUAACUUCCAUAACAUAUGACACAUUAAACAUAAAUACAGAAAGGAAAUAUAAAUGUAUAUUUGGACUUUUCAUUCAAACAUUUAAGCCACCCAAGGCAUUGAAUAUACUGUCAUUUCUAUAUGCAUAGAUGCAUAUUUGCUAGAUGUUAUGCUGUGUGGUCACGUUUUAAAAAUGUAUCUGCGAAUGUUAAACAUGUUUUCGUAUGUCAAAUCUUUGCUGUUUGAUUCCAGCACACAGUAUCAGUUACACAACACUCCCCGAAAUGAAACCGAGAUGACGGUUGCGGUGUCGAGUCUCUGGUUGGCCUGUGCCUGCCACAGACUGUUACAGUUCUCAAUGCUUGAAUGAGAACGUUUCCAUUGUGUUAUCAAAGCCAUGUGUAAUACUGUGCCUGCUCUCUGUGCAUCUAUCUGUGCUGACUGGAGAAUAGCACACACCGCAGCGCUGUGUGAAUGUGUAAUCUAGCUCUGAAUAAAAGCCACCAGAAAGAAA